AUGUUCUUCACCCUCGCCACAGCCAUCGCCAUUCUCGGCGCUACUAGCCAAGCCGCCCCAACCUCAUCACCUAUAUUCCCACCUCGCUCGUCUGCAGCAGACUUUCGUCUCGUUGCCAACGUCACUGCAAACGACUUGACUCCUUCCAUUAACGACUACGUCCUCACAUCAUACCACACUGGAGCUGGUCAAGCUUUUGCGGUUCUCGUACCAAACACAUCCGCCACGUCAGGCCGUACCUUCUACACAAAUGGUACCGCCGAAGAUAUUCGCUAUCGACGCUCCAACAUCCUCACAGACGGAGGAUCGCCGCCUUUCCCAUUCGGAGUGGUUAUCAACGGAGAUGAAAGCGUCUCCAUCAAUGCAGGAACUGGAACCGCCGGUGUCAACCUUGCUUUGUUCCCAGAUCCCAUCUCCAAGUUGAGCGCUGUCGGCAAAGCAGGAUUCUACGCCUGCGAGAAGACGCUGCCAGCUGGACCUGCGGUACAAAUCUUCACGAAGGCCUUUGAGGAAACUACCCCCGUCGGGUGCGCAGAUGUGAGCCUCCUAGCACAGUGCGCAGAAAGCACUGGGGUGGAGCAUCCCUUUGCCGCCGUCAGUGGCUGCUAUGCCGAUGUUGCAGGCAUCGAUUGGAGCAUUUACAGUGCAUGA